CACUGCAUUAAGCAACAUACCCAGAUAAAUCUAUAUAUACUACAACUACAUAUGCAUAUUUCAUUCCAUAUUUCCAACUUCAAAACCUCUUAAACCCUUCGUUACGUACUAUAACAAAACAGUAACUUCGAUCAUCAUGAAUCACUUCAAUCAGCAAGAAGCCCCUGUAUCAUAUCCACCACAGGUUCAGGCCUAUUCUUCAGCUCCAUAUGUUAAUGCCCCACCACCUAUGGGAUAUCCUUCCAAGGAUCAACCUGCAGCUGUGGGGUACCCUCAACAGAGGGUUCCAGAAGAAACCACGACCAGAGGAGAUGGGUUUUGGAAAGGAUGUUGUGCUGCUUUAUGUUGCUGCUGGAUCCUGGAUUGUUGCUUCUGAUUCAAUCAUCGCACCAUUUUUUUAGUCAUUGCGAGUUUCCUGUAUUGUAUUCUUUGUAGUGUAAGAAUAAGGAUCUUUGUCCUCUACAGGACACACAUGUAUUUUUUAUCCAUUUGGUGAAUGUCGUUCUUUUAUGUUGUA